AACAGCAAAUUUCAAUGUGUUAGAGUGCAUGCAAUACAUCAGAAACUGACAUUUUUCUUCCAAAGAAACAUUUGAAGGGAAAUAAUUCAAAACGACAACAUUGCACACUGGUUACAAGCGUCGUUCAGCGGAGCCCGGCCGGCUCGCGCCAGUAGAGAGGUCCCACCGGGUAGCUGCCCCUGUCUCUGCCUGAUGCCGAUUUUCAAAGUCCGUCUGGAUGGUAGGGCUCACUCUCGUCACCGGAGUCGGCUGGCCGUCGUGCUGCUGUUGUGGUAACCGGGCGAUCGCUGCCGGUUGUGCUUGCUGCCCUCCUGGGUGGUGCGAGGCCCCGGCAGGCGGGCGGCAGAGCGCCGGUCGGUGUGUGCUUGCCCGGGGAGGGAGAGGGGGCGGGCAGCUCGGCGGGGAAGAUGUCCGCAGCUCUCCUCUCACCCAUUGUCGACUAUUAUAACGACGAGGAGGAGCUAGACAGCGUCGACGAUGAGGACGAACGUAGUGUCCGCGGCCGCGACUCGGAUGAAGAUACAGAGGAUGCAAGUGAGACAGAUAUUGCCAAUAAGCAGGAUGAUGAAGACUACCUGGAAGUAAAAGAGCAGAUGUACCAGGAGAAAUUGACAUCUCUCAAAAGACAGCUACAGCAGUUACAGGAAGGCACUUUGCAGGAGUAUCAGAAAAGGAUGAAGAAACUAGAUCAACAAUACAAGGAAAGAAUACGAAAUGCAGAGCUUUUUCUGCAACUGGAGACAGAACAAGUGGAAAGGAAUUAUAUUAAAGAGAAGAAAGCAGCAGUGAAGGAAUUUGAAGAUAAAAAGAUUGAGUUGAAAGAGAAUCUCAUUGCUGAGUUAGAAGAAAAGAAAAAGAUGAUUGAGAAUGAGAGGCUAACAAUGGAACUCACAGGAGAUUCUAUGGAGGUAAAGCCAAUAAUGACUAGGAAACUAAGGAGGAGACCUAAUGACCCUGUUCCAAUUCCAGACAAAAGACGAAAACCUGCACCUGCGCAGUUAAAUUACUUGUUAACAGAUGAACAGAUAAUGGAAGAUCUGCGAACUCUCAAUAAGCUUAAAUCUCCGAAAAGACCAGCAUCUCCGUCUUCUCCUGAACAUCUUCCCAGCACUCCUGCUGAAUCACCAGCACAAAGAUAUGAAGCACGAAUAGAAGAUGGAAAGUUAUAUUAUGAUAAGAGAUGGUAUCAUAAAAGUCAGGCUAUCUAUCUGGAAUCUAAGGAGAAUACGAAGAUUGGCUGUGUAAUUAGCUCAGUUGGAACAAAUGAGAUAUGGGUAAGGAAGACAAGUGAUAGCACAAAGAUGCGUAUAUAUCUAGGACAGCUGCACAGAGGAGUCUUCAUUAUACGGAGGCGAUCUGCUGCCUAGAACUCUUAGCAAGUUGGAGGCGCACAUCUUCUUAACUCCCAAUGCUCAGAGGUCAACUUUUCAUGACUUUUAUAUGGAAAUCUGUAUUAAAACAAACAAGUUAUUGACAGACUGAAGAACACACUAUUUGAAGACACUUUCCAACGCCAUCUCAGUUUUGAUGAUUGUACAUAUUUUUAAGAAUAACAUUCACCUUUUCACGGAUUUCACUUUGCUUUCAUCAUAUUUGCAAGAUGGAGGUGACUACUCUUUAUGGCUGGAACCUGCCAAAUUGUGGAUUGUUUAAUUUAUUCCAGACAAUAGAGUGAAGACCUGUUUGCUUCAGUGCCGGACAAUCUGAACAUUUUUUCCUGAACCCCAUCACUCUUUUUUUGAGAGGACUCUGUUUUGUACAUGCUGUUUAUUUUGUAUUAAAUGCUUUAUCAUUGUCACUCUAAGGAGCAGGCCAAACAUGCAUUUGUUUGUUUUUAUAAGUAUGUCAAAUAACCUUGUUUCUUUGAACAAUCAACUCAAAUUCAUGGUUUAUAGUAUGCUGUAUCCUUAAAUAAAAUUGAAAAUGUUGGUA